UAUUCGUUCACUUAAGUGACUAGAUCAAUUGAACUUUAUCCAAACGAUUUAAUAAAACCUCAAGUUAAUAAAUUAUUAAAAGUUGUUAUUUAAAAAGUAAAACAAAAUGCCUGAAACUGAACAAUUGCCAGAUGGAUGGGAGAAGCGCACCAGCCGUUCCACCGGUAUGAGUUACUAUUUGAACGUGCACACAAAGGAGUCGCAGUGGGACCAACCCACCGAGCCGGCCAAAAAGUCCGGGGGUUCUGCCGCCUCCGCCUCCGGCGAUAACCCGGACGAGGUGCAAUGCCUGCAUUUGCUGGUCAAACACAAGGGCAGCCGCCGUCCGAGCUCGUGGCGUGAGGAGAACAUAACGCGCACCAAGGAGGAGGCACAAAUGCUGCUCGAGGUCUAUCGCAACAAGAUUGUGAACAAUGAGGCGACAUUCGAGGAAUUGGCACGCUCCUAUUCCGACUGCAGUUCCGCCAAACGUGGCGGCGAUUUGGGCAAAUUUGGACGCGGUCAAAUGCAGGCGCCGUUUGAGAAGGCCGCCUUUGGUCUGAAUGUGGGUCAAUUAUCUGGCAUUGUGGACACCGACUCUGGAGUACACAUCAUAUUGCGCAAAUCGUAAACAUAAUGGAGAUGGAACAAUUUUUUUAAUUUAUAGAAAACUGCAUUAACUCAUUAGAAAUAAAAAUAAAAGAAACCAAAUUUACACAGAUCGCCUGGUAAAAAA